AUGACAGCUGUGGACGUGGAAGAUGAGAGUAUUCUGGCGUCAAUAUUCAAAGACAGCUUUCCAGACAACUGGAGAGACAACCCCGACUUCGCAGCCUACUUGUCGGAGCUCAGUUCGUAUGGCGUGGAGAAAUUAAACCGUGAACCGGAGCGGUUGGCGGAGGAGAGGGCGCAGAUACUGCAGCAGACCCGAGAGCUCGCCUUCUCCAACUACAAGACGUUCAUCCGCACUGCGGACUGCACCGAGGAGAUAUACCGCGACUUUGGGCGUGUGGAAAGCAGUGUUUCCAAACUCCUCGACAAGUUGCCCAGCUUCGGUGAAAAAUGCAGGUUAGUGGUGACGUUAGCCAAUUACUCUGUCGUUUUGACAUGUCAUGUUAUUUAAGUGAUAAUGCCCGAGACGCCGGUGUUUGAAGGAUAUAUUGGCACGGGUGUUUAAGCCUCUCUAGCCUGAGGGCCAGUCUGUUUGUGCCAUCAUGCCAACUCUAGCCUGAGUGCCAGUCUGUUUGUGCCAUCAUGCCAACUCUAGCCUGAGGGCCAGUCUGUUUGUGCCAUCAUGCCAACUCUAGCCUGAGGGCCAGUCUGUUUGUGCCAUCAUGCCAACUCUAGCCUGAGUGCCAGUCUGUUUGUGCCAUCAUGCCAACUCUAGCCUGAGGGCCAGUCUGUUUGUGCUAUCAUGCCAACUCUAGCCUGAGUGCCAGUCUGUUUGUGCCAUCAUGCCAACUCUAGCCUGAGGGCCAGUCUGUUUGUGCCAUCAUGCCAACUCUAGCCUGAGGGCCAGUCUGUUUGUGCCAUCAUGCCAACUCUAGCCUGAGGGCCAGUCUGUUUGUGCCAUCAUGCCAACUCUAGCCUGAGUGCCAGUCUGUUUGUGCCAUCAUGCCAACUCUAGCCUGAGGGCCAGUCUGUUUGUGCUAUCAUGCCAACUCUAGCCUGAGUGCCAGUCUGUUUGUGCCAUCAUGCCAACUCUAGCCUGAGGGCCAGUCUGUUUGUGCCAUCAUGCCAACUCUAGCCUGAGGGCCAGUCUGUUUGUGCCAUCAUGCCAACUCUAGCCUGAGGGCCAGUCUGUUUGUGCCAUCAUGCCAACUCUAGCCUGAGUGCCAGUAUGUUUGUGCCAUCAUGCCAACUCUAGCCUGAGUGCCAGUCUGUUUGUGCCAUCAUGCCAACUCUAGCCUGAGUGCCAGUCUGUUUGUGCCAUCAUGCCAACUCUAGCCUGAGUGCCAGUCUGUUUGUGCCAUCAUGCCAACUCUAGCCUGAGGGCCAGUCUGUUUGUGCCAUCAUGCCAACUCUAGCCUGAGGGCCAGUCUGUUUGUGCCAUCAUGCCAACUCUAGCCUGAGGGCCAGUCUGUUUGUGCCAUCAUGCCAACUCUAGCCUGAGGGCCAGUCUGUUUGUGCCAUCAUGCCAACUCUAGCCUGAGGGCCAGUCUGUUUGUGCCAUCAUGCCAACUCUAGCCUGAGGGCCAGUCUGUUUGUGCCAUCAUGCCAACUCUAGCCUGAGGGCCAGUCUGUUUGUGCCAUCAUGCCAACUCUAGCCUGAGGGCCAGUCUGUUUGUGCCAUCAUGCCAACUCUAGCCUGAGGGCCAGUCUGUUUGUGCCAUCAUGCCAACUCUAGCCUGAGUGCCAGUCUGUUUGUGCCAUCAUGCCAACUCUAGCCUGAGGGCCAGUCUGUUUGUGCCAUCAUGCCAACUCUAGCCUGAGGGCCAGUCUGUUUGUGCCAUCAUGCCAACUCUAGCCUGAGUGCCAGUGUUUGUGCCAUCAUGCCAACUCUAGCCUGAGGGCCAGUCUGUUUGUGCCAUCAUGCCAACUCUAGCCUGAGGGCCAGUCUGUUUGUGCCAUCAUGCCAACUCUAGCCUGAGUGCCAGUCUGUUUGUGCCAUCAUGCCAACUCUAGCCUGAGUGCCAGUCUGUUUGUGCCAUCAUGCCAACUCUAGCCUGAGUGCCAGUCUGUUUGUGCCAUCAUGCCAACUCUAGCCUGAGGGCCAGUCUGUUUGUGCCAUCAUGCCAACUCUAGCCUGAGGGCCAGUCUGUUUGUGCCAUCAUGCCAACUCUAGCCUGAGGGCCAGUCUGUUUGUGCCAUCAUGCCAACUCUAGCCUGAGGGCCAGUCUGUUUGUGCCAUCAUGCCAACUCUAGCCUGAGGGCCAGUCUGUUUGUGCCAUCAUGCCAACUCUAGCCUGAGUGACAGUCUGUGUGUGCCAUCAUGCCAACUCUAGCCUGAGUGCCAGUCUGUUUGUGCCAUCAUGCCAACUCUAGCCUGAGGGCCAGUCUGUUUGUUGCCAUCAUGCCAACUCUAGCCUGAGGCCAGUCUGUUUGUGCCAUCAUGCCAACUCUAGCCUGAGGGCCAGUCUGUUUGUGCCAUCAUGCCAACUCUAGCCUGAGGGCCAGUCUGUUUGUGCCAUCAUGCCAACUCUAGCCUGAGGGCCAGUCUGUUUGUGCCAUCAUGCCAACUCUAGCCUGAGGGCCAGUCUGUUUGUGCCAUCAUGCCAACUCUAGCCUGAGGGCCAGUCUGUUUGUGCCAUCAUGCCAACUCUAGCCUGAGGGCCAGUCUGUUUGUGCCAUCAUGCCAACUCUAGCCUGAGGGCCAGUCUGUUUGUGCCAUCAUGCCAACUCUAGCCUGAGGGCCAGUCUGUUUGUGCCAUCAUGCCAACUCUAGCCUGAGGGCCAGUCUGUUUGUGCCAUCAUGCCAACUCUAGCCUGAGGGCCAGUCUGUUUGUGCCAUCAUGCCAACUCUAGCCUGAGGGCCAGUCUGUUUGUGCCAUCAUGCCAACUCUAGCCUGAGGGCCAGUCUGUUUGUGCCAUCAUGCCAACUCUAGCCUGAGGGCCAGUCUGUUUGUGCCAUCAUGCCAACUCUAGCCUGAGGGCCAGUCUGUUUGUGCCAUCAUGCCAACUCUAGCCUGAGGGCCAGUCUGUUUGUGCCAUCAUGCCAACUCUAGCCUGAGGGCCAGUCUGUUUGUGCCAUCAUGCCAACUCUAGCCUGAGGGCCAGUCUGUUUGUGCCAUCAUGCCAACUCUAGCCUGAGGGCCAGUCUGUUUGUGCCAUCAUGCCAACUCUAGCCUGAGGGCCAGUCUGUUUGUGCCAUCAUGCCAACUCUAGCCUGAGGGCCAGUCUGUUUGUGCCAUCAUGCCAACUCUAGCCUGAGGGCCAGUCUGUUUGUGCCAUCAUGCCAACUCUAGCCUGAGGGCCAGUCUGUUUGUGCCAUCAUGCCAACUCUAGCCUGAGGGCCAGUCUGUUUGUGCCAUCAUGCCAACUCUAGCCUGAGGGCCAGUCUGUUUGUGCCAUCAUGCCAACUCUAGCCUGAGGGCCAGUCUGUUUGUGCCAUCAUGCCAACUCUAGCCUGAGGGCCAGUCUGUUUGUGCCAUCAUGCCAACUCUAGCCUGAGGGCCAGUCUGUUUGUGCCAUCAUGCCAACUCUAGCCUGAGGGCCAGUCUGUUUGUGCCAUCAUGCCAACUCUAGCCUGAGGGCCAGUCUGUUUGUGCCAUCAUGCCAACUCCUUCUCACUUAUUGUCAUGUUUGGCUUGACAGGGACAGCAAUAUAGUUGGCAAAAGCCCAAACAGACUGGUACCAGGUUAAUGUCUAUCUAGCCCAAACAGACUGGUACCAGGUUAAUGUCUAUCUAGCCCAAACAGACUGGUACCAGGUUAAUGUCUAUCUAGCCCAAACAGACUGGUACCAGGCUAAUGUCUAUCUAGCACCAAACAGACUGGUACCAGGUUAAUGUCUAUCUAGCCCAAACAGACUGGUACCAGGUUAAUGUCUAUCUAGCCCAAACAGACUGGUACCAGGUUAAUGUCUAUCUAGCCCAAACAGACUGGUACCAGGUUAAUGUCUAUCUAGCCCAAACAGACUGGUACCAGGUUAAUGUCUAUCUAGCCCAAACAGACUGGUACCAGGUUAAUGUCUAUCUAGCCCAAACAGACUGGUACCAGGUUAAUGUCUAUCUAGCCCAAACAGACUGGUACCAGGUUAAUGUCUAUCUAGCCCAAACAGACUGGUACCAGGUUAAUGUCUAUCUAGUCCAAACAGACUGGUACCAGGUUAAUGUCUAUCUAGCCCAAACAGACUGGUACCAGGUUAAUGUCUAUCUAGCCCAAACAGACUGGUACCAGGUUAAUGUCUAUCUAGUCCAAACAGACUGGUACCAGGUUAAUGUCUAUCUAGCCCAAACAGACUGGUACCAGGUUAAUGUCUAUCUAGCCCAAACAGACUGGUACCAGGUUAAUGUCUAUCUAGCCCAAACAGACUGGGUACCAGGUUAAUGUCUAUCUAGCCCAAACAGACUGGUACCAGGCUAAUGUCUAUCUAGCCCAAACAGACUGGUACCAGGUUAAUGUCUAUCUAGCCCAAACAGACUGGUACCAGGCUAAUGUCUAUCUAGCCCAAACAGACUGGUACCAGGUUAAUGUCUAUCUAGCCCAAACAGACUGGUACCAGGUUAAUGUCUAUCUAGCCCAAACAGACUGGUACCAGGUUAAUGUCUAUCUAGCCCCAAACAGACUGGGACCAGGUUAAUGUCUAUCUAGCCAAACAGACUGGUACCAGGUUAAUGUCUAUCUAGCCCAAACAGACUGGUACCAGGUUAAUGUCUAUCUAGCCCAAACAGACUGGUACCAGGUUAAUGUCUAUCUAGCCCAAACAGACUGGUACCAGGUUAAAUGUCUAUCUAGCCCAAACAGACUGGUACCAGGCUUGUCUAUCUAGUCCAAAACAGACUGGUACCAGGUUAAUGUCUAUCUAGCCCAAACAGACUGGUACCAGGUUAAUGUCUAAUCUAGCCCAAACAGACUGGUACCAGGUUAUGUCUAUCUAGCCCAAACAGACUGGUACCAGGGUUAAUGUCUAUCUAGUCCAAACAGACUGGUACCAGGUUAAUGUCUAUCUAGCCCAAACAGACUGGUACCAGGUUAAUGUCUAUCUAGCCCAAACAGACUGGUACCAGGUUAAUGUCUAUCUAGCCCAAACAGACUGGUACCAGGUUAAUGUCUAUCUAGCCCAAACAGACUGGUACCAGGUUAAUGUCUAUCUAGCCCAAACAGACUGGUACCAGGUUAAUGUCUAUCUAGCCCAAACAGACUGGUACCAGGUUAAUGUCUAUCUAGCCCAAACAGACUGGUACCAGGUUAAUGUCUAUCUAGCCCAAACAGACUGGUACCAGGUUAAUGUCUAUCUAGCCCAAACAGACUGGUACCAGGUUAUGUCUAUCUAGCCCAAACAGACUGGUACCAGGUUAAUGUCUAUCUAGCCCAAACAGACUGGUACCAGGUUAAUGUCUAUCUAGCCCAAACAGACUGGUACCAGGUUAAUGUCUAUCUAGCCCAAACAGACUGGUACCAGGUUAAUGUCUAUCUAGCCCAAACAGACUGGUACCAGGUUAAUGUCUAUCUAGCCCAAACCAGACUGGUACCAGGUUAAUGUCUAUCUAGCCCAAACAGACUGGUACCAGGUUAAUGUCUAUCUAGCCCAAACAGACUGGUACCAGGUUAAUGUCUAUCUAGCCCAAACAGACUGGUACCAGGUUAAUGUCUAUCUAGCCCAAACAGACUGGUACCAGGUUAAUGUCUAUCUAGCCCAAACAGACUGGUACCAGGUUAAUGUCUAUCUAGCCCAAACAGACUGGUACCAGGUUAAUGUCUAUCUAGCCCAAACAGACUGGUACCAGGUUAAUGUCUAUCUAGCCCAAACAGACUGGUACCAGGUUAAUGUCUAUCUAGCCCAAACAGACUGGUACCAGGUUAAUGUCUAUCUAGCCCAAACAGACUGGUACCAGGUUAAUGUCUAUCUAGCCCCAAACAGACUGGUACCAGGUUAAUGUCUUCUAGCCCAACAAACUGGUACCAGGUUAAUGUCUAUCUAGCCCAAACAGACUGGUACCAGGUUAAUGUCUAUCUAGCCAAACAGACUGGUACCAGUUAAUGUCUAUCUAGCCAAACAGACUGGUACCAGGUUAAUGUCUAUCUAGCCCAAACAGACUGGUACCAGGUUAAUGUCUAUCUAGCCCAAACAGACUGGUACCAGGUUAAUGUCUAUCUAGCCCAAACAGACUGGUACCAGGUUAAUGUCUAUCUAGCCCAAAACAGACUGGUACCAGGUUAAUGUCUAUCUAGCCCAAACAGACUGGUACCAGGUUAAUGUCUAUCUAGCCCAAACAGACUGGUACCAGGUUAAUGUCUAUCUAGCCCAAACAGACUGGUACCAGGUUAAUGUCUAUCUAGCCCAAACAGACUGGUACCAGGUUAAUGUCUAUCUAGCCCAAACAGACUGGUACCAGGUUAAUGUCUAUCUAGCCCAAACAGACUGGUACCAGGUUAAUGUCUAUCUAGCCCAAACAGACUGGUACCAGGUUAAUGUCUAUCUAGCCCAAACAGACUGGUACCAGGUUAAUGUCUAUCUAGCCCAAACAGACUGGUACCAGGUUAAUGUCUAUCUAGCCCAAACAGACUGGUACCAGGUUAAUGUCUAUCUAGCCCAAACAGACUGGUACCAGGUUAAUGUCUAUCUAGCCCAAACAGACUGGUACCAGGUUAAUGUCUAUCUAGCCCAAACAGACUGGUACCAGGUUAAUGUCUAUCUAGCCCAAACAGACUGGUACCAGGUUAAUGUCUAUCUAGCCCAAACAGACUGGUACCAGGUUAAUGUCUAUCUAGCCCAAACAGACUGGUACCAGGUUAAUGUCUAUCUAGCCCAAACAGACUGGGUACCAGGUUAAUGUCUAUCUAGCCCAACGGGUAAUUACCAACAGACUGGUACCAGGUUAAUGUCUAUCUAGCCCAAACAGACUGGUACCAGGCUGUCUAUCUAGUCCAAACAGACUGGUACCAGGUUAAUGUCUAUCUAGCCCAAACAGACUGGUACCAGGUUAAUGUCUAUCUAGCCCAAACAGACUGGUACCAGGCUGUCUAUCUAGUCCAAACAGACUGGUACCAGGUUAAUGUCUAUCUAGCCCAAACAGACUGGUACCAGGUUAAUGUCUAUCUAGCCCAAACAGACUGGUACCAGGUUAAUGUCUAUCUAGCCCAAACAGACUGGUACCAGGCUAAUGUCUAUCUAGCCCAAACAGACUGGUACCAGGUUAAUGUCUAUCUAGCCCAAACAGACUGGUACCAGGUUAAUGUCUAUCUAGCCCAAACAGACUGGUACCAGGUUAAUGUCUAUCUAGCCCAAACAGACUGGUACCAGGUUAAUGUCUAUCCUCUCUUUAGGGGUUUUGUGAAGGAGGCGGAGGAUAUCGGGGCGAGCCGGAGGAUGAACAGCCUGACUCUGAACCGCCACACAGAGAUCCUGGAGAUCUUAGAGAUCCCUCAGCUGAUGGACACCUGCGUCCGGAACGGCUACUACGAGGAGGCUCUGGAACUGGCAGCCUACGUCAAGAGACUGGAGAAGAAGCACUCGUCCCUCCCUGUCAUCCAGGUAUUAAUGCGCUAACUACCACUUUCAUCUUACACAGCUAGGAGUUACAGAUGGUACCACUUCCUGCUUACACAGCUAGGAGUUACAGAUGGUACCACUUCCUGCUUACACAGCUAGGAGUUACAGAUGGUACCACUUCCUGCUUCCACAGCUAGGAGUUACAGAUGGUACCACUUCCUGCUUACACAGCUAGGAGUUACAGAUGGUACCACUUCCUGCUUACACAGCUAGGAGUUACAGAUGGUACCACUUCCUGCUUACACAGCUAGGAGUUACAGAUGGUACCACUUCCUGCUUACACAGCUAGGAGUUACAGAUGGUACCACUUCCUGCUUACACAGCUAGGAGUUACAGAUGGUACCACUUCCUGCUUACACAGCUAGGAGUUACAGAUGGUACCACUUCCUGCUUACACAGCUAGGAGUUACAGAUGGUACCACUUCCUGCUUACACAGCUAGGAGUUACAGAUGGUACCACUUACACAGCUAGGAGUUACAGAUGGUACCACUUCCUGCUUCCACAGCUAGGAGUUACAGAUGGUACCACUUCCUGCUUACACAGCUAGGAGUUACAGAUGGUACCACUUCCUGCUUCCACAGCUAGGAGUUACAGAUGGUACCACUUCCUGCUUACACAGCUAGGAGUUACAGAUGGUACCACUUCCUGCUUACACAGCUAGGAGUUACAGUUGGUACCACUUCCUGUUUACACAGCUAGGAGUUACAGAUGGUACCACUUCCUGCUUCCACAGCUAGGAGUUACAGAUGGUACCACUUCCUGCUUCCACAGCUAGGAGUUACAGAUGGUACCACUUCCUGCUUACACAGCUAGGAGUUACAGAUGGUACCACUUCCUGCUUACACAGCUAGGAGUUACAGAUGGUACCACUUCCAUCAUACACAGCUAGGAGUUACAGAUGGUACCACUUCCUGCUUACACAGCUAGGAGUUACAGAUGGUACCACUUCCUGCUUCCACAGCUAGGAGUUACAGAUGGUACCACUUCCUGCUUACACAGCUAGGAGUUACAGAUGGUACCACUUCCUGUUUACACAGCUAGGAGUUACAGAUGGUACCACUUCCUGCUUACACAGCUAGGAGUUACAGAUGGUACCACUUCCUGUUUACACAGCUAGGAGUUACAGAUGGUACCACUUCCUGCUUACACAGCUAGGAGUUACAGAUGGGAAGAUACACAAUCAGAAUGUGGCAUUUUGUUGGAUAGUUAUGGUACUAGAAAUCCCUCUUACUAUAUUAAGCUUGUCUACACAGACGGUUCAGCGUGUGAUUCUCUGACCACUACUGUAACAUGGCCUGUGUGUUUUACAUUUACAUGUUAGUCAUUUAGCAGACGCUCUUAUCCAGAGCGACUUACAUGAGCAAUUAGGGUAAAGUGCCUUGCUCAAGGGCACAUCGACAGAUUUUUCACCUAGUCCGCUCUGGGAUUAGAACCAGCAACCUUUCGGUUACUGGCACAACGCUCUUAACCACUAAGCUACCUGCCGCCCCGUCUUCCUCAGGGCAUCGUCCACGAGGUGCGUCAGUCAGCUCAGCUCAUGCUGAACCAGCUGUUGCAGCAGCUUCGCAGCAACUCCCAGCUUCCUGUGUGCCUGCGUGUGAUUGGCUACCUGCGCAGGAUGGACGUGUUCACGGAGGCGGAGCUGCGGGUCAAGUUCCUCCAGGCGCGGGGCAGCUGGCUCCAUUCCGUCCUCUCCGCCGUGCCUGACGACGACCCUUACUUCCACAUCACCAAGACCAUCGAGGCCUGCCGCGUAUGUAACCUGGGUUGCAGCUGUAGUUAUCUAGCGGUGUAGUUGUUGAGCGAAGGACCAAGGAGACAGGACUGAUGCUUCCCCCCCUUUAUUCUCUGACAGGAAUAUUUCUGUGACAUUUCUUACUCUGUUACAGGUACAUCUGUUUGACAUCAUCACGCAGUACAGAGCCAUCUUCUCUGACGAGGACCCCCUGCUGCUUCCCGGUGACAGACUGGUUUAUUUCAAUACGGCAACACAGCGGAGAAGGCUGAAUUAUUUGAUACAAUUUUCAUAAAUAUGAAGAUUUAAACACACACGAGAAUUAUCCAAAGACACAUUCCAAAUCUAUAAUACAUGUUUUCUUGAAAAGACAGUCGUGCUGUGGGUAUGGUACAGUACAGACGGGUCAAUAGUCCAACUAAAGUGGCAGGUCAUAGGUCACUGGAUGGGCAGCCUUGUGAUGUAUGGUACUGUCUGUGUUGAAAGGUGGUCAGGGCCAGGUGGUGAACGAGGGGGCCAUCUUCCACGGCUGGGUGGUGCAGCAGGUGUCUGACUUCCUGGAGACUCUGGACCGAGACCUCCAGAGGGGGGUGGGCGGCCGCCUGGACUCCCUGCUGGGACAGUGCAUGUACUUCGGCCUGUCCUUCAGCCGCGUCGGGGCAGACUUCCGCGGCCAGCUGGCCCCAAUGUUCCAACGUGUGGCGGCCGAUACCUUCCGUAAAGCUGUAGAGGAAGCCAUGGAGAAGUUCCAGGAGGACAUGAACCUGUAUACUCUGAUCUCUCUCCCCUCCAUGCUGGGUGGGGGCUCCAUGCCAGGCACCCUCCAGCCCCCCAGUACCCAGCCAGGUACCCUCCAGCCUCCCAUGGCUCUGCUGGAUUUCCCCCCCCUGGCCUGCUUCCUCAACAACAUCCUGACGGCCUUCAAUGACCUCCGGCUCUGCUGCCCCCUCGGUCUGGCCCAGCAGGUGACCAAGUACCUGGAGGACGCCCUGGUAAAGGUAUGGAACCAACGCCUGUCUGUCUCAGCUAAUGGUACGCUACACUGUCUGCUGCUAAAGUUACCAUCAUUUAUUUUCUUUAUUUCAUUUUUUAAAUUUAUUUUUUUACCUUUAUUUAACCAGGUAAGCCAGUUGAGAACAAGUUCUCAUUUACAACUGCGACCUGGCCAAGAUAAAGCAAAGCAUUGACAUGUCUAGGCUGUCCCAUGCUCUCUCUAGACAUGGUAGAUGCUCUCUCUAGACAUGGUAGAUGCUCUCUCUAGACAUGGUAGAUGGUAUGCUCUCUCUAGACAUGGUAGAUGGUAUGCUCUCUAGACAUGGUAGAUGUUAUGCUCUCUCUAGACAUGGUAGAUGCUCUCUCUAGACAUGGUAGAUGCUCUCUCUAGACAUGGUAGAUGGUAUGCUCUCUAGACAUGGUAGAUGUUAUGCUCUCUCUAGACAUGGUAGAUGCUCUCUCUAGACAUGGUAAGAUGCUCUCUCUAGAACAUGGUAGAUGGUAUGCUCUCUAGACAUGGUAAGUGUUAUGCUCUCUCUAGACAUGGUAGAUGCUCUCUCUAGACAUGGUAGAUGCUCUCUCUAGACAUGGUAGAUGGUAUGCUCUCUCUAGACAUGGUAGAUGCUCUCUCUAGACAUGGUAGAUGCUCUCUCUAGACAUGGUAGAUGCUCUCUCUAGACAUGGUAGAUGGUAUGCUGUCUCUAGACAUGGUAGAUGUUAUGCUCUCUCUAGACAUGGUAGAUGCUCUCUCUAGACAUGGUAGAUGUUAUGCUCUCUAGACAUGGUAGAUGGUAUGCUCUCUCUAGACAUGGUAGAUGCUCUCUCUAGACAUGGUAGAUGUUAUGCUCUCUCUAGACAUGGUAGAUGUUGCGCUCUCUAGACCAUGGUAGAUGUUAUGCUCUCUCUAGACAUGGUAGAUCUCUCUCUAGACAUGGUAGAUGUUUGCUCUCUCUAGACAUGGUAGAUGUUAUGCUCUCUCUAGACAUGGUAGAUGUUAUGCUCUCUAGACAUGGUAGAUGGUAUGCUCUCUCUAGACAUGGUAUGUUAUGCUCUCUCUAGACAUGGUAGAUGCUCUCUCUAGACAUGGUAGAUGGUAUGCUCUCUCUAGACAUGGUAGAUGGUAUGCUCUCUCUAGACAUGGUAGAUGCUCUCUCUAGACAUGGUAGAUGUUAUGCUCUCUCUAGACAUGGUAGAUGGUAUGCUCUCUCUAGACAUGGUAGAUGCUCUCUCUAGACAUGGUAGAUGCUCUCUCUAGACAUGGUAGAUGGUAUGCUCUCUCUAGACAUGGUAGAUGCUCUCUCUAGACAUGGUAGAUGUUAUGCUCUCUCUAGACAUGGUAGAUGUUGCGCUCUAUCGACAUGGUAGAUGUUAUGCUCUCUCUAGACAUGGUAGAUGCUCUCUCUAGACAUGGUAGAUGUUAUGCUCUCUCUAGACAUGGUAGAUGUUAUGCUCUCUCUAGACAUGGUAGAUGUUAUGCUCUCUCUAGACAUGGUAGAUGUUAUGCUCUCUAGACAUGGUAGAUGCUCUCUCUAGACAUGGUAGAUGUUAUGCUCUCUCUAGACAUGGUAGAUGUUAUGCUCUCUCUAGACAUGGUAGAUGCUCUCUCUAGACAUGGUAGAUGGUAUGCUCUCUCUAGACAUGGUAGAUGGUAUGCUCUCUCUAGACAUGGUAGAUGCUCUCUCUAGACAUGGUAGAUGUUAUGCUCUCUCUAGACAUGGUAGAUGGUAUGCUCUCUCUAGACAUGGUAGAUGGUAUGCUCUCUCUAGACAUGGUAGAUGCUCUCUCUAGACAUGGUAGAUGCUCUCUCUAGACAUGGUAGAUGUUAUGCUCUCUCUAGACAUGGUAGAUGGUAUGCUCUCUCUAGACAUGGUAGAUGCUCUCUCUAGACAUGGUAGAUGUUAUGCUCUCUCUAGACAUGGUAGAUGGUAUGCUCUCUCUAGACAUGGUAGAUGGUAUGCUCUCUCUAGACAUGGUAGAUGUUAUGCUCUCUCUAGACAUGGUAGAUGGUAUGCUCUCUCUAGACAUGGUAGAUGCUCUCUCUAGACAUGGUAGAUGUUAUGCUCUCUCUAGACAUGGUAGAGAUUCUCUCUAGACAUGGUAGAUGUUAUGCUCUCUAGACAUGGUAGAUGUUCCCUCUAGACUGUAGAUGUUAUGCUCUCUCUAGACAUGGUAGAUGCUCUCUCUAGACAUGGUAGAUGUAUGCUCUCUUAGACAUGGUAGAUGUUAUGCUCUCUCUAGACAUGGUAGAUGUUGCGCUCUCUAGACAUGGUAGAUGUUAUGCUCUCUCUAGACAUGGUAGAUGUUAUGCUCUCUAGACAUGGUAGAUGUAUGCUCUCUCUAGACAUGGUAGAUGUUAUGCUCUCUCUAGACAUGGUAGAUGCUCUCUCUAGACAUGGUAGAUGUAUGCUCUCUAGACAUGGUAGAUGUUAUGCUCUCUAGACAUGGUAGAUGUUAUGCUCUCUCUAGACAUGGUAGAUGUUAUGCUCUCUCUAGACAUGGUAGAUGUUAUGCUCUCUCUAGACAUGGUAGAUGGUAUGCUCUCUCUAGACAUGGUAGAUGUUAUGCUCUCUCUAGACAUGGUAGAUGCUCUCUCUAGACAUGGUAGAUGUUAUGCUCUCUCAGACAUGGUAGAUGGUUAUGCUCUCUCUAGACAUGGUAGAUGUUAUGCUCUCUCUAGACAUGGUAGAUGGUAUGCUCUCUAGACAUGGUAGAUGUUAUGCUCUCUAGACAUGGUAGAUGAUGCUCUCUCUAGACAUGGUAGAUGUUAUGCCUCUCUAGACAUGGUAGAUGUAUGCUCUCUCUAGACAUGGUAGAUGUAUGCUCUCUCUAGACAUGGUAGAUGCUCUCUCUAGACAUGGUAGAUGGUAUGCUCUCUCUAGACAUGGUAGAUGUUAUGCUCUCUCUAGACAUGGUAGAUGCUCUCUCUAGACAUGGUAGAUGCUCUCUCUAGACAUGGUAGAUGUUAUGCUCUCUCUAGACAUGGUAGAUGCUCUCUCUAGACAUGGUAGAUGCUCUCUCUAGACAUGGUAGAUGUAUGCUCUCUCUAGACAUGGUAGAUGUUAUGCUCUCUCUAGACAUGGUAGAUGUUAUGCCCUCUCUCUACGACAUGGUAGAUGGUAUGCCUCUCUAGACAUGGUAGAUGGUAUGCUCUCUCUAGACAGGGGUAGAUGUUAUGCUUCUCUAGACAUGGUAGAUGUUUAUGCUCUCUCUAGACAUGGUAGAUGGUAUGCUCUCUCUAGACAUGGUAAGAUGGUAUGCUCUCUCUAGACAUGGUAGAUGUUAUGCUCUCUCUAUACAUGGUCAGGAUGCUCUUCUCUAGACCAUGGUAGAUGCUCUCUCUAGACAUGGUAGAUGGCUCUCCUCUCUAGGACAUGGGGAGAUGAUUCUCUCUCUAGACAUGGUAGAUGGUAUGCUCUCUCGUAGACAUGGUAGAUGCUGUCCUCUAGACAUGGAGAUGCUCUCUCUAGCCAUGGUAGAUGCUCUCUCAUAGGACAUGGGUUAGAUGGUAUGCUCGCUAGACAUGGUAGAUUGGUAUGCUCUCUAGGACAUGGUAGAUGGUAUGCUCUCCUAGACAUGGUAAAGAUUGCUUUCUCUAAGACAUGGUAGCUGUUAAUUGCUCUCUCAUAGACAUGGUAGAUGCUCUCUCUAUACAUGGUAGAUGCUCUUCUAGACAUGGUAGAUAUGGUAAUGCUCUCUAGACAUGGUAGAUGUUAUGCUCUCUCUAGACAUGGUAGAUGCUGUCUCUAGACAUGGUAGAUGCUCUCUCUAGACAUGGUAGAUGGUAUGCUCUCUAGACAUGGUAGAUGGUAUGCUCUCUAGACAUGGUAGAUGGUAUGCUCUCUCUAGACAUGGUAGAUGCUGUCUCUAGACAUGGUAGAUGUUAUGCUCUCUCUAGACAUGGUAGAUGCUCUCUCUAGACAUGGUAGAUGGUAUGCUCUCUCUAGACAUGGUAGAUGCUCUCUCUAGACAUGGUAGAUGCUCUCUCUAGACAUGGUAGAUGGUAUGUUUAUACUCAGAUCUAGGAUAAUCUUACUUUCCCCAAAUCCUAAUCUUAAAUUCACCCAAGAUCAGUCUUUGGGACAUGUUAAUCUAGUACAGUUUAAAUGUAAUGUAUUCAUGGUUUAUGAUACAGUAUGUAUGUGAUGAACACAGAUAUCUGAUGUUUCCUGCAAGCCACUGUGUCUCUGGCCAUGGUAGAAGUUACCCUGAUAGGAUCAGUUCACCCUCCCUCAAACUCAACAACAAACUCUAGUUGAAAUGUUAGGUUGUAUCUCAUGAUUUCCACCGUCUCUCCUCCCCAGGUCACCAAGUUGAUCGUGGCGUUCCACAGGGCUGAGGAGACGGCGUUCAGCAGCCGAGAAAAGGAGCUGUUUGUCCAAUUCUGCUGUUCCUUCGCCGAGGACAUGGUGCCUUUCCUCAACCGCUGUCUGCAGGUCCUGUUCCCCCCAGCACAGCUCUCUGUCAUACUGGGUGAAUACUCGGGCACGCCUCUUUAUUUCAACAGGUUAUUUGUACAUCAGUUGGCAUUUACAUGAUCUGCCACCGAUGCUAAAGACUAGAAUAUGACAGAUAUGCUGAUGUGAAAACAUCCCCAGUAACAACCUCUAUAAUAAUGUAUGUGAAACAUGGUUUUCUUCUCCAGGUGUCCCUCCAACUCAAGUCCACAAGUACAGCAGUCUGGGUUGUAUUGAUGUGAGUGCAGUACUGGAGCCUCUGGGGUUUGUUCUUCCCAAGAGGGAGACGGUGACUCCGGUGGUAGAAGAAGACCUCAGUGUUGAGCUGGAGGGUCUCACCGCAGCUGAUCCUGAACCAACACUUCCCGUUGACGACCUGGGACUUCCUGAUCCUGAACCAAUAGCAGGCCCGGAACCUACAGAGGAGGAUCCCAUGGUCUCGUCCACCAUAUCUACUGAGUUUGUGUCCGAGACAGGUCUGACCUCUGACCCUGAACUGGAAGCCAUUUUGAACGACCCUAACCCUGUACUGGACGACCCAAAGCCUGAGAGACCAAGGGCUGACAGCCACCGUGAAGUACAGGAAGACCCUGAGUUGGAGGCCAUACUGAAUCCCCCAAAGCCUGUACUGACCGCCCCAGAACCUAACCCAGAGGUAAACCCAGAGGGACCAGGGGCAGACAGUGAGCCAUCAGAGACUGAGAAAGUAACAGACUGUUAA